AUAUAUAUUUUUUUUAAAUACUAGGUUUGCUGCAUGCAUGGUGUGAAGAUACAAAAAUCAUAAAAAAUAUUAAAAGAGAGAGUAAAUAUAUUAUUCAUCCCCAAAAAACUGAUUUUGGUCUAACUAUGGUUGGUGUUAAGCACGUGACAGGUCGGACAAAAAGGUGGCAAAAGAAAUUGAGAUCUUCCAUACACCAAAUUGCACAUGCAAAUACAGCCAACCCCCUGCUUCUUUCCUUAUAUUUUAAUAACCAUCGCAUUAAUCACACACAAACCCAACCAUGUGUGUGUGUAUAUAUAUAUAUAUAUAUAUAUUUGUGUGUGUGUGUUUAUGUGUGUGUAAAUGGGGAAAAGAAAAAAGAAAGAAGAAUCAAUAGUUCAUGAGAAGAUUCCAUGUUGAGCACUGCUUGUGUGUAAAUUGUAAUAUACAUCUAUGUGUUUGUAUAAAUGCCUGACUGAAAUAUUAUAAUGUAAAUGCAUAUUUUUCUUGCACCCCCACCGAAGUUCCCUAUUACCUGGAUCUUCUUACUGUCUCAUUCACUGGUGUACACACACACACACACACACACACACACACACACACACACAUAUAUAUACAUAUAUAUAUAUAUAUAUAUAUUGUAUAGUUCCAAGAAAAGAUUACUAAUAAUUUCUUGAAAAAAGAUGGUGGAUGUUAUGAUAAGAGAAGGGAGAUCUUUGGAGGAAACUCCAACAUGGUCUGUAGCUACAGUCACCACGGUCAUGGUUUUCGUCUGCUUAUUCGUCGAAAGAUCCAUUUACAGAUUCGGGAAGUGGCUGGAGAUGACUAAGAGGAAAGCCCUUUUUGCUUCCCUAGAGAAAAUUAAAGAAGAGCUAAUGCUGCUUGGGCUAAUCUCUUUGUUAUUGGGGCAAUGGGCGAGAUGGAUAUCUCAGAUUUGCGUAAACUCGUCUCUCUUCAGUAGUAAAUUCUAUAGUUGUUCGGAGGAAGACUACGGACAUCAUAACGAGAGAGUUUUGCUCGUGAAUUACCGCUCUCUCUCUUCGAAUGGAACCGAUGCUAACCCUCCGAAAGGACUUAGUCACGUUGCAUUUCACGUCUGCGGCGAGGGGCGAGAGCCGUUUGUUUCGGCUGAAGGACUCGAACAACUCCACCGUUUCUUGUUUGUUCUUGGUAUGACUCAUGUUCUGUACAGCUGUAUAGCUGUUGGCUUAUCUAUGAGCAAGAUAUACAGCUGGAGGAAAUGGGAAAUUCAGGCAAGCAUCUUGGCUGAGGCUAAUGCACAAGCAAAGAACAAGGUGAUGAGACGACAAUCCACAUUCGCUCUGCAUCACGCUUCUCAUCCGUGGAAUAGGAGUCGAGUUCUCAUUUGGAUGGUAAUAUAUACAUACAUACAUACAUACAUACAUAAAUUCGAUUAUCUGAAAAAUAACCCGCAGAAUCAUAAGCUUCCAUUGUCAUACAAUUUUCACAAAUACAUGGUGAGAAGCAUGGAAGACGAAUUCUAUUGCAUUGUCGGUAUCAGCUGGCCACUUUGGGGUUAUGCUAUACUCUGCAUCUUCAUAAACAUACACGGUCUUAACAUUUACUUCUGGCUUUCCUUCAUACCUGCCAUUCUUGUGAUGUUGGUAGGGACAAAACUCCAACAUGUUGUCUCCCUAUUAGCACUCGAAAUCGCAGAGCCACGGGUCGGACCCGCCAUCGGGACUCAAGUGAAGCCACGAGACGAUCUUUUUUGGUUCGGAAAACCCGUUAUUUUGUUACGCUUGAUUCAGUUUAUAUCUUUUCAGAAUGCUUUUGAAAUGGCAACCUUUGUCUGGUCCUUGUGGGGAUUUCCUCAACGUUCGUGUUUCAUGAAAAAUCACGCAAUGAUCAUCAUUCGACUGAUCUCCGGGGUCCUUGUUCAGUUCUGGUGUAGCUACAACACUGUUCCUUUGAACGUACUCGUCACAACGAUGGGAACACGUUGUAAGAAAGCCCUGCUAGCCGAAAGCGUGAGAGAAUCAUUACACAGCUGGUGCAAGAGAGUGAAGGAAAGGUCAAAGGCGACGAACUCGAUCGCCACAAGGUCAACGUGUUCGCUCGAGUCAAUAAUCGACGACGAGAGAGACGAGAUAAUAACCGUUGGAUCAGGCACAUUAUCCCGUUGCUCCUCAACGGGGUCCUUCAGACAUACGAUGGAUGAUGCAACAAUAAACGGAGAAUGCGAUGACCUCGAGAGCUGCCCUAGUAAUAAUCUGAACGAGUUCUCGUUCAGACACAUGCAACAACAACAACAGCAUCUUCAGUCCGAUGAUAUUGUUGUUGUUGAUGAAGACGAUGAUGUGGAUGAUGACGUGGAGGAGGGCAAGAUCGAGACUCUUCUGGAUUUGUUUCGAAAGACAUGAUCGAAAGGUAACAAUGUUGAUCACAAAAUCUAAAGAUAGUCAUACAAUAGAAUUAAGAUGCAAUUAUGAGAUUUGCAAUAGAAACUUGAUUAUUGUUUUUAAGGGUAAAUAGCACUUAAGCCCCGUGUGGUCUGACAAUUUUGCACAUAACCCCCUUGUAGUUUCAAAUAAAGCACAUGACCCCUUUGUACUCUCAAAAUUUUCCUUUUCCUAACGAGCAUGAUUGUUUGCCGAGAAAAAUACCACAAGGGGAUUAUGUGCUUAUAUCAAUAGUAGAAAAGGGGGCAUGUGCUUCCAUUGAAAGUAGAAGGGAGUUAUUUGCAAAAUAGUGAAACCAUGGAAGUCUUAAGUGGAAUUUACCAUUUUUCUAAUUGUUAUUUUGCAAUAGAAUUAAACAAGGAUUUGUUUUUUUUUUUUUUUUAUAACAAUUUUACCCAAGUUGAAGAACUAUUUGAUGAGAAAAUUGAAUUCUUGUUUAUUGAUGUGUGACUAAUUGGACCAUAUUAUUAUUUAAUAAUAAUAAUAAUAGUUUCUCAAAAAAAAA